CCAUUUAAGGCUGAGAAUCCUCAUAUUUUUUUCUUCGGUGUCUCAAAUCACCUUGAGUAUUCUUUCUUUGAAUUCAUAGAUGAUUUGAGGCUGCGAUUAAGUAAAUGGAGGAAGUGAAUGAAAUCCAUCUGCUUCAGUACUUCAUCUAUUAUUCUUUAUGGCUGCUGCUGCCUUUUUAUUUCAUAUCAGUCCAUGGUCGGAAAUACGAUGUCUUUAUUAGCUACAGAAGUCAAGAUGUUCGCCAUAAUUUUCUCACUCAUCUCCGUUGUGCUUUAAAAAAGGGUGGAUUUAGGGUAUUCGUAGAUGAAAACGAUAUUCAAAGGGGAUGCAAUAUUGCCGCUGAGCUGCCGAAAGCAAUCCAGCAGUCUAGGGUUGCCCUGGUUCUGUUGUCAGAAAACUAUGCUGAUUCCGGAUGGUGCCUAGAUGAGCUAGUGACCAUCCUUGAUUGCAGGGAAAGAUUAGGGCAGAUUGUUCUGCCCAUUUUCUUCCAUGUGCGUCCCUUAAAUGUCCGCCAUCAGAACGGGCGAUUUGGAGAUGCGUUUGCACGUCUCCAUGGGGCUACGGUGGAGGAAAUGGAGAAGCGGAAGAAUGCACUUUAUCUUAUAACCGAUCUGGCCGGGUUUAAUCUAAGAGAUGUUAACGGGUAAUCUAAUGAUCUUCUCUUCAUCACUUACAAUUAUUGUUUGAAUAAAUUCACUCUGUAGUU